UUCACCUCUUGUUGGCAGAUAACGCCUCCAAUAUGAAAAAAGGGAUCGUCGGCGCUAUAAUGAAAUAUCAGGGUUGUUUUGUUCACACUUUACAAUUAACAAUAAAAGACUCCAUUGAUUGCCAAAGGGCAGUAAUAGAUGUUAUUGCCAAAGCAAGGAGAAUUGUGACUCAUUUCAAUCACUCUGCAACUGCUUGUGAUAAACUCAAAAAGCUACAAGAACAAAUGAAUGUCCCAACAAAAAAACUUAUCGAAGAUAUACAAACCAGAUGGAACUCAACCUAUUACAUGCUGGAACGAUUACUAGAACAAAAAAAAGUUAUCAGUAUUUAUAUCUUGGAUAAUCCAGAUUUGACAGACCUAACAUUCCACCAAUGGGAUUUGGUUCAAAAGCUUAUCAACCUUUUACAACCCUUUGAGGAAAUAACUAAACUCUCAAGUAACAGGGAGUGUUGCAUAUCAGAGGUGAUACCCCUAGUUAAAACAUUAGAUUCGUACUUGAGCAACCGUUCAAAAAGUGCCAUAUUUUCUGGUGUAGACACAUUGAGGAGUGAUCUACAAAAAAACUUGGAAAAACGAUUCAACCAUAUUUUUACUGAAGAAAGUUUUACGCUGGCCACGUUGUUGGAUCCACGUUUCAAGAACAGUUUUUUUGACAAUGAAGGCGGACCAAUCUAUGAAAUAUUAAAAAGAAAAAUUACUGUUCAAGAGGGAGGCAGCGGCAUUAUCGAAACUAUUACGGAUGGUGAAAGUGAUGGGGAGGACAAUAUGCCACUAGUAAAAUUGCUAGCUAUGGAAAGGGAUUCAGGUGCAUCAAAGUCUGUGCAUGAUUUAUUUUGGGAAUCUUACGAACAUUUUGCUGGUGAAGGCACAUCAGGAAGUUCGAAGCGAAAACGAAAACAAAGGUCUGCUUUUUUUGAGGCUGCCAUAUACCUAUCUGCACCAGCUGGAAGUGUCCCCAGCGAACAAGUUUUCUCUGAAGCUGGUAAUAUUUAUGAUGCAAAACGUAGCAGGCUAACACCUGAUAGGGCAGAAAGCUUAUUGUUUUUGCAUCACAACCUACCAAAACUAAAUUAUCAGUAUUAAUCAGUUAUUUUUGUAUUUUAGUAAGGUGAAAUAAUUUUACCUUAUAGUUGCAAUC